AUGACAUUAUAUGUUCCGACUAUCUUGACACCAUUUGAGCCAAACUGUUUACGCCCGAAAGCACCGUUCGAGUUUUUGGAUGAUCAUACGAAGGAAACUUUAGCGGUUGGAAUUGAUAUUGGGCGAAAUACAACCGGAGACUCGUCGCUGGCGAGUGCUUCAUAUACAAAUCCCGGGAAGAUCAAUAGCGAAAUAUAUACGUAUUGCGUCAUGUCGCAAGUCGGGGUUGCCGCUGGAUUAAUCGUGAUAGUAUUCACAUUCCUCUCUAUUGUCCUAUUGCUUCUCUUAUCAUACCAGGCAACCGAUUAUCUCAUAGAGCGUAGAGCUCUUGAACUUCUUCAACAUCAUACCCUUCCAUCAAUGGUUCAGCAAGGCAUCUCACCAAUCUCAAAUGCAUAUCAGACAAUCACAAACUCUCUUCCUCAAUUAAGAUCUACAAAUCAACCCUUAGACGAAGAAAACAACUUCCAUCCCCAUAAUCAUAAUCAUCACCAUCGUAAUCAUCACGACAAUAGAAAUCUUCAAUACCACGACGAUAUGACACCCAUUCACAAUAACCAUCGACAGAAUCACGACCACCAUCACUACUCUAAAGAAAAGUCAAACUCAUAUUCUUGCUCCCAUUCACAAUCUACAUACCAGCCGACCACUACAACAUCAAUAGCGCCGGCAUCCGAUGCUACAACAUUAGGAGCUACUGCUCCUACAAUAUUAUCAAAUCUAUCCACUGCUACAAGAACACAUCUAGAACAACCGGAGAAUACAAACCAUGACCGGAUACGAGACGAAGAUGAUUCACCUAGACCUUUACAGUUAAAAGGCUGGGUAACACAGGGUUAUCAAGUCGAUCGGCUUCCCAGUCGGAGACAGUAA